CUACAUAAACAGCACUUUGGACAUGAGAGUUUAACACACAUUCGGUUGAGCUGACUCGGAGUUACAUGACCAAACAUGCUCUGUGCAGACAGGUUCACUAUAUGAAACACAUCCUGUUUCUGGGGAAUACACUUCAGGGAUGACUUUGAGUAAUUACGUGCAUCAUCGCCUAAAAUUGUUGACGCAAUAGUUUUUUUUUCUUUUCUUUUCCUUUCUGUUUUUCCGAGGCGACACCCCCUGAACACGCGUGAGAUCUUAUCUCUGUAAAAAUGUUCACUUCUGCGAGUAAACGAAUAAAAAUAGACACUCUGUCAGACAGUCUGGAGCUGCUGAACUUGAGGAUCUUCACAUUCGUCCAGUGGAAUAAAAUCAGCAAUCUGAAGAGUUCAUUCAUGGAAUGAUAUUUGGAGACCUCUGUCGAUUACGAACGUCCUACACUCAUUGAGUAAGACUCUGCGAACAUGAGGUUGGAAUUAUGAACAUGUCUGAGGAGCAAAUCAACUGCACUAUAAGCCACGAGAUUCACCAGUACCUGUUUUCGGGUGCGUACAUCCUAGUCCUGCUAGUGGGUCUUCCCGCCAAUGUUUUCUCUCUCUACCAUGCCUGGCUGCAACUAAAAGCCCGCAAUGAGCUGGGGGUCUACUUGUUAAACCUGACCAUAUCGGAUCUGCUGUACCUGGCCUCCUUGCCUCUCUGGCUCCAGUAUAUUUUCCAGGGGGACGACUGGAGCGGCUCGGAGUGGCUCUGUCAGCUGUGUGGUUUCCUGCUCUACGAGAACAUCUAUGUCAGCAUUGGUUUUCUGUGUUGUAUCUCCAUUGACCGCUACCUUGCAGUGGUCUACCCCUUCCGCUUCUCCUCUUUCCGGACGGUGCGAGCUGCAGCGCUGGUCAGUACGGUGGUCUGGCUCAAAGAGCUUGCCGUAGGAGUGGUGUUUUUCCGGCAUAAGGAGCUCAGCAAGGACAAGCACAACCAAUCUGUGUGCUUUGAGCACUAUCCCAUGAAGACAUGGGAGUAUCCAAUAAACUACUACCGUUUUUACAUAGGCUUCCUGUUCCCUUUAGGAAUCCUCUCAUUGUCGUACUUUCGAGUCCUCCGAGCAGUGGACAAGAGUGCAGGCACGCAGACUGCCCAGAAAACACGCAUCAAGUACCUGGUGACCAGCACCAUUGUCAUCUUCCUGGUGUGCUUCUCGCCGUACCAUGUCUUCCUGCUGGUGCGCACGCUAUUAGAGCGGGACUGCGCUUUCAUCGAGAACAUUUUCAAUUACUACCAUUUCUCCCUGCUGCUUACUAGCUUUAACUGUGUGGCAGACCCCGCGCUUUACUGUUUUAUCAGUGAAAGUGCACAAAAGGGCAUCCAGAAGGCUCAGGAUACUUGCACUCGGGUUUUCUGCUGUUGCUCAAAAAGUCAUGGAAGGUUCAACACGCACUCCACUGAGAUGGCGGUCACCAAUGAAAACGGUACAGGCACGACAGUGGUGACACUCAUGCAGCAGGUCAAAACUGAAGUUUGAACUUAUUUGUUCUAUUAAUUAUCUAUACAAUAGACAUCAUACAGCUUAGCUACAGGCUCUUCAGUGGACAGAAGGAACAUAUGAAAGCAUCAUAAGCUGCGUUUCCAACGCAGGAACUUUCCCCAGGAACUAGGGACUUUGGGGUAGUACUUGACUAAAAAUAUUCCCCUCAGAAAGUCCCUGCUCACGAGGUAGUACUUUUUCAAAGUUCAGGAACUUUCGGGGGUGGGACUUGGGCGCUGAACAUGCUGAUUGGUUGAGUUCAUGCAGCAUUUUGAUUGGUUGACUCCACGCAGCGUUUUAUUUCAACUACCAUUUUCAAAAGUCUGUUGCGGUGCGUGCAGUAAAGCCGGAUUUACACUACACACGUCUGCGGCACGUUACGGCUCUGACAGGGCCACCGAAGGUCAUCGCGGCCACUCAAGUCAAUGCUUGUGUUUAUACCAGCCUUGCAUGUUUCAGAAGUGUCCCGGAAGCUACAGAUAGGCGGCAAGUCUAUUUCUGACAGACGCCGCUUCUCAGCCACGCAGUUCAAAUACAAAAUAAAGUUAAAAAUAAUCACCCUGUGUAGACUCCCGCUCAUAUAUUUCAUCACUAGGAGGCCAAAAGUUUGACGACAUGAGAUCCUGCUCCUGGUGUGAGUUGACACCCCGUAGAGCAGAGGUGUCCAAACUCCGUCCUGGAGGGUCACUGUCCUGUAGAGUUUGGAACAAAAUCUCACCGGAGCCAUAAUGCGCCGCAGACACGUGCAGUGUAAAUACGGGGUCAAAGUUGUUUGCUACUUGAAUCAACAAAGGAGUUUUAAAAAAUACGACAGAUGGAGAUGAGGUUCAGGCUUUAUUAAGCUUAUAUGUGGAGGACAAAAUCUAGCGGGAACCGGAAAGUCUUGCGCAGUCCUACGUCACCGGACUUAAUCUUCAUGGUACUUUAUGGUGAUGAUACACGGGGCAACUUUGCAGAGCGAUAUUGCUUGAGCACUUUUCCAUUGAGAAUGGACAACAAAUUUCGAUCUAAAGUAUCCAGAUAGAAAUUUGAUGCUCAUUCUCAAUGUGAAAGUGCACAAGCAAUAUCGCUCGGCAAAAUUGCCCGGCAACAUUGCUCAAUGUGUAUCAUCACCUUAGACCGCAAUGGAAACACAGACAUCAACAUGUCUGGGGGGAAAAAAGUUCCUGGGACAAAUUGUUCCGGGUAAUUUCGGUGGAAGAUGUACGGUCACAUACAGUCAAUGUACAGUUGUUUUACAUUGGUUAAAACAUUAUCCUUCUGUUUUAGCCAUAUUGCAGUAUUUCAUGGUCUUGGUAAGCUAACAUUUUAGUUUAAUUCUCAGGGAUUGCUACCUUGAUAAUCGCCCUGACAGCAACAUAGUGUCGGCCCAGAUCCGGAUCUGGGCCACACUAUGUUCCUGUCUGGGUCACCAGUGGUUGACAUUUGUGGUUUCAGGAACCAAUGAUUUUAAACUUUACUAUUUUAAUGUACUGUUCCAAGUCCCUUUAGCUACAUUUGCAUGUAGUGAUUAAACAUUGUGUCCAAGAUUAAGCCAUUUACCUGCUUUCAACCCUCAUAGGUUUCAGUUUCCAGUAAUAUUUAGACUGUUGGUAUGAGGGGAAAAAACCUUCAUGGUCUUCAAUAGUUUAACUCUCUCAUCAUUUACUCAAACUAAUACCAUUACAAACCCAUAUGGCUGUCUUCCUUCCAAGAAUUGUAAAAAGAGAAAUUUUGAUGCAAAUGUAUGCUUGCUUACUGUGAUUUGAGAGAUAGGGAGGGAAAUUUUAUUAGUAAAUAUGAUUUUAAUUGUGGUUGGAAUAUAGUGCACAAGUUUCAUGGACCAGUGUGACGAUACUUUUUUUUUUUUUUUUUUUUUGAAGCUUAACAGUUCUGGUCACUGUAUGUUCUCAUUUAAUGGAAAAGAACAGCAUGAAAUUCUGUGUUCCAUCAUAGAAUGAAUGACAUACCGAUUUAGAACAUCAGUAAAUGAUGACAGAAUGAACUUUUCCUUUAAAAAAAAGCAAAGCAAUGAUGCCUUAUCUUUGUCACCUGCUCAGCUUUUUCAUGGUAAGACAUGGAGCACACAGACAGUUAACAAGCACAAGAAGGUUCACGGGUGUGAAGGGUCGGCCACCCCCCAAAUAGACAAUCUGGACAGCUUCCCACUGUGAUAUCACAUCCUGGGAAAAAAGAUGAGGAAGAAGCAAAUGAUAGUUGCUUCCAGAACUCAUGGAUCUUUUGUUUGCUCAAACUAUGGUGUUAAAUAAAGGUGAUGAGUGUUUGUUGCCGUGUUUACAUUUUUAAGAUGGAGGUGACCUGAACUGACACAACAGACGUGGAAGUGUUCUUUUGCUCACUCAAACUAUGUUUACAGUGAAAACUCAACAUGCAUGCAGUUUGUAUGUUUGUAUUAUAUGUAACCAAAUCAAGAUUGUAUUCAGGUUAUUUCAUGAUUUCACAUAGUGACUGCUGUUCAGUUUCAUUUAUGAGAUUUUUAUUAUUGGUUUUUAUACUCUGUUUAUUGUUUGUGGUGCACAAAUCACUGGCAAUGAUUGUAUUGUUACACAGUACAUGGAGACAGAAAUGAUGCUCUGCUGGAUAGCAGGGGUGUAAAAAAGUACAGAGAAAUUAUAUUUAAUUAUGGGUACAAAAACCUGACUUUUUUUUUUUUUUUUUGAAGACAGGAUGUCUGAUCAAUAAAUUUUGGUUUUGUUUGA